AUGUCUUUCAACAUUGAAACAAUCCCAACAAAACCUUACCAAGAUCAAAAACCUGGUACAUCUGGUCUACGUAAGAAGACCGUUAUCUUCAAAGAUGAACCAAACUACACAGAAAAUUUCAUCCAAGCUAUAAUGGAAUCCAUCCCAGAAGGUUCGGAUGGCGCUACUUUAGUUGUCGGUGGUGACGGUCGUUAUUAUAACGAUGUUAUCUUGGAAAAGAUUGCCAAAAUUGGUGCUGCUAACGGUGUCAAGAAGCUUGUCGUCGGUCAAAAUGGUCUUCUUUCCACACCAGCAGCUUCUCACAUCAUUAGAUCAUAUCAUGAAAAAGUUACAGGUGGUAUCAUCUUAACCGCCUCCCAUAACCCAGGUGGUCCAAAGAACGAUAUGGGUAUCAAAUACAACUUGGCUAACGGUGGUCCAGCUCCUGAAUCUGUUACCGACAAAAUAUGGGAAAAUUCUAAAAAAUUAACCUCUUAUAAGAUUAUUAAGGAUUUACCAACUUUAGACACUUCUAAGAUCGGUGAAAAUCAAAAAUAUGGUCCAAUCUUAAUUGAUGUCAUCGAUGUUACUAAAGCAUACGUUGAAUUCUUGAAGGAAAUAUUUGAUUUCGAACUAAUUAAAAAAUUCAUCCACACUCAAAGAAAGACUAAAAACUGGAAAUUAUUAUUCGAUGGUUUGAACGGUAUUACAGGUCCAUACGGUAAAGCUAUUUUUGUUGAUGAAUUUGAACUACCUGAAAAUGAAGUCUUACAAAAUUAUCAUCCACAACCAGAUUUCGGCGGUUUACAUCCUGAUCCAAAUUUAACCUACGCAAGAAGUUUAGUAGAUAGAGUCGAUAAGGAAAAAAUUGAGUUCGGUGCCGCUUCUGAUGGUGAUGGUGAUAGAAAUAUGAUCUAUGGUUACGGUCCAGCUUUCGUAUCUCCAGGUGAUUCCGUUGCUAUCAUUGCCGAAUAUGCUUCGGAAAUUCCAUAUUUCGCUAAACAAGGAAUUUACGGUUUAGCUCGUUCCUUCCCAACUUCUGCUGCAAUUGAUAGAGUAGCAAAAGCACAUGGUCUUGAAUGUUAUGAGGUCCCAACUGGUUGGAAGUUCUUCUGUGCCUUAUUCGACGCCAAGAAAUUAUCUAUCUGUGGUGAAGAAUCCUUCGGUACUGGUUCAAACCAUGUAAGAGAAAAGGAUGGUCUCUGGGCCAUCGUUGCCUGGUUAAACGUCCUUGCUAUCUUCAACAAACACCAUCCAGAAAGAGAGGCCUCUAUUAAGACCAUUCAAGAUGACUUCUGGUUGAAAUACGGUCGUACUUUCUUCACAAGAUAUGAUUACGAACAUGUUACCUCGGAAGACGCCAACAAAGUCGUGGAUUUAUUAACUGAAUUCACAUCAAACUCAAAAACAAAGAAUGCUCCAUUCCCAGGUGAUGAAUCCUUAACUGUCACUGACUGUGGUAACUUCUCAUACACAGAUCUUGAUGGCUCAGUUUCUUCUAAGCAAGGUCUUUCCGUCAAAUUGUCUGAUGGUUCAAGAUUCGUACUAAGAUUAUCAGGCACCGGCUCUUCUGGUGCUACCAUCAGAUUAUACGUUGAAAAAUACUCUGGUGAUAAAUCCACAUACGGUCAAACUGCUGAAGAAUAUUUACAAUCAAAUAUCAAAUCUAUCGUCAAAUUCUUAAAAUUCAAAGAAUUCAUUGGUACUGAAGAACCAACUGUCCGUACUUAA